UUGCCAAACAUUAUUCUGAUUCAUCAAAUUCUAUGCAUACUACAAAAAGUUGCGUUAAGACUCUGCUUCAGAACUUCUUUUCGUUAAUUUGAUAAAAUUAAUAUAUAUAUAAAACAGAGGAUUUUGCCAAUUAUUUUUCUUUGGUAACUACGCACUUACGAGUCCCACCAAAGAUAUCUGUGGUUAGGACGUCCUUGAAUAUAAACAAAUUACACAAUUUGAUUAACCAUAUCGCAGGAAAGUUUUGUCGAGUCAUUUCAGCGCCGACUACAAAAUGCCAGUUAAAGCCGUUUGCGUAUUAAAAAGCGAAGCUGUUAACGGAACAGUUUUCUUCACCCAACAGGAUGGGAAAAGCCCGGUGCAAGUGACUGGUGAAAUAACCGGCUUAGUCAAAGGUUUGCAUGGCUUUCAUAUCCACGAGUUUGGAGACAACACUAAUGGUUGUAUAUCGGCGGGGCCUCAUUUUAACCCACUCAAAAAAGAUCAUGGAGGGCCCACCGACAGCGAGAGACACGUUGGUGACUUGGGCAACAUAGAGGCCGGGGCUGAUGGUGUCGCUAAAAUUAACAUAACUGACAAACUGAUUUCAUUGGAAGGAGAUCAUAAUAUAAUUGGUCGCACUGUGGUAGUGCACGCGGAUCCUGAUGAUUUGGGCAAAGGGGGCCACGAAUUGAGCAAAACAACUGGAAACGCUGGUGGUAGAUUGGCUUGCGGUGUCAUUGGUUUGGCAGCCAACUAAGCAGAUUCAUGAUAAGGUGUUAAGGGUUCAUUCCAGUGGUUAUUUGAUUUACUUUUUUAUUUUGUUGCUUUGAAGUUUGCUAAAUAGUUUUCAAGUUAAAAGUUGUGUUAAUAAAGCUUUCAUUUAGGA